AGAUAUAGCGAUUAGCCUUUCCUGUCUUGCAUUUGAGAGCGUUGAGCCCUCUCUCUUUCUUAUUCCUUUCCGUCAAAAUUAGCCUUCGGCCUGUCUAAAUUGUUAGCUGAAAAUAUAGCUUUUGGAUUCAUUUCGGUUAAAUCUAGCACAUACCCUUCUCAUUUAUUCCCUCUCUCUCUCUCUCUCUCUCUCUCUCGCCAAGUUUUCCAUUUGAUAACUUCCUCUCAUUCCAACUUGUAAGUUUUUCGUUCUCUUUCUUCUUCCUCUAUCUAGAAAGUUGAUAUUUUGUUUGAUUUCUUUCAGUUUGUCAUAUACCCGUUUCAUCUCUGCCCUCCUUCUGCUUUCUAUCCCUCGUACGUGGCAAUUAUCGAGUUUACAUUCUUCUCCUAGCUGUCUCCAUAAAAGUUAAGCUUUUGAUAUAUUAUCUCCAAUUUGAUAGCUACGUACCUUUUUCUCUCUAGCCUCUUUUUGGGUGUGAUUUGGAGGAGAGGAUGAUGAUGACGACAAUGGAGGGGAUGAUGGGUAAGGGGGGACUGGAUGAUAUAAUAAGGAGGCUUCUGGAAGGGAAAGAAGGGAAGCAGGUGCAGCUAUCUGAAGGGGAGCUCCGUCAACUCUGCGUCAACGCCAGACAAAUCUUCCUCUCUCAGCCCAAUCUCCUUGAGAUUCGUGCUCCCGUUCGCAUAUGUGGUCAGCUCUCUCUCUCUCUCUCUCUCUCUCUCUCUCUCCCAGAUGAUCGUGAUGAUGAUUUUGAAUUAUGUGACAUACAUGGACAAUUCCGAGAUCUACUGCGGGUUUUUGAAUACGGUGGCUACCCUCCUACUGCAAACUACCUCUUUCUCGGUGAUUAUGUAGAUCGAGGCAAGCAAAGUUUGGAGACGAUAUGUCUGCUUCUAGCCUACAAAAUUAGAUAUCCUGAAAAUUUCUUCCUGUUGAGAGGAAACCAUGAAGAUGCAAAGAUCAAUCGGAUUUAUGGAUUUUAUGACGAGUGUAAAAGGAGGUUCAAUGUUAGAUUAUGGAAAAUAUUUACCGACUGCUUUAAUUGUUUGCCUGUGGCUGCACUCAUUGAUGGAAAGAUACUUUGUAUGCACGGAGGACUCUCUCAGGAGUUGCAAAAUUUGGAUCAAAUAAAGGAACUUCCCAGGCCUACUGAUGUACCGGAUAGUGGUCUCCUCUGCGAUCUGCUUUGGUCUGAUCCCGAUCCUAAUGUUGAGGGCUGGGCGGAGAGUGAUCGAGGUGUCUCAUGUACUUUUGGACCAGAUAGGGUUGCUGCAUUUUUGGAUGAGAAUGACCUUGAUCUCAUUUGCCGAGGUCAUCAGGUUGUGGAGGAUGGAUAUGAAUUUUUCGCUAAAAGAAGAUUAGUCACAAUAUUUUCAGCUCCAAACUAUGGUGGAGAGUUUGACAAUGUCGGUGCUCUAUUAAGUGUUGAUGAAUCUUUAGUGUGUUCUUUUGAAAUAUUAAAACCACUUGAUAGUAAAUUAGCAUCAGCAAGCAGGUCUAAUACAUCCCGGAUGAAACUUAAAAAGCCCCAGUAGGCUGGAAUCAUUUGAUUGUUCAGAGAUUCCUUCUGUUCAAAUAGGACAUACAACUAAAGAUACAUCAAGCUCAGUUCAUGUCAGGCUUUGCAAAAGAGAAGCCUUAACCUUCAUGAUAUGAUGGAACUUAUUUUAAGAACUGUAAAUUGAUAACUCUCUUCCGUGCAGAUGCAGAGAUUUUUGCUUUGAACACUCGUUGUACGUUAUAACUAAGAGUAUUUGCACUCAAGUAUGCAAAUGGCAUGCCUGGAUUUUGGUUGA